UUUGUGUGGCGGUCCGUCACUUCCGGUGCUGAGAGGUCAGGGUGACUGACUGACCGUUGAGUGUCUGAGAGGACACCGGAGCGGUUCACGGUAACAGCAGCGACUCAGUUACUCGUCAUGGCCGAAAGUGAUGGUUGCUCGUAUUUCAGGAGAACCGGUCCGUUCUGGAUGGUGAUCGUGUCGAUUUAUAUUAUUCUUCACACGUGGACUGCGUUCUGGCCUCAGGACGUCCCGUAUGGCCUUCUGGGUCCUCUCGGCGCUCUGGCCAAGUAUUUCGUGGACUAUCAUUAUCCUGAUAAGAUGAUCAAUAAUGAUGAUGUUUGUCUCGUCCGUCUGUGUUUCAGAUGGUUUCUGAUGUUUGUCAUCCAUGUGUGCGAGGUUCUGUUUGCGCUGAAGCUCUGCAGUGAUAAAGGCAUCGACAGCACGUCCGCACGCUUGCUGUGGGUCGCUCAGACGUUCCUGUUCGGUCUCGGGUCUCUGGGUCUUCUGAUCAAAUACAAGCCGGACGGCCGACCCAAACGCCAGUGACCGGACACCGGAGCUCGUUCCCAGCAGCACACUGUUCUUUAUACUCCAGUUAUGUUUGAAAUUCGUUUAUCUAAAGCACUUGUUCUGUGCUUGUUUGAACACUGUACAACAGAAUGAGCCCGCUAUAUAAGCUCUAAUAGUUCUUUUGAGAAAAAAAAUGGUUUGUGAUUUUCUUUUAAACAGUUUUGACUGAGAAAUUGCUGUAACAGUUGACCGUGUGGCUGGUCAUUUAAAAGAAAUGUAAAUAAACACACUUUUAUUUCGA